GCUUUAUUAAAAAUAUGAAAAAUAAUCGGAGAAACAAAGACUCUAAGUAUAAAAAGAUUAGCCCUCUCAAAGGGGACCUUAUUGAGAAGAUGAUCAGGAGGAAAUAACUUAAAAAAGCAAGGAGAAAAACAUAUGGCUCAGCAUCUGGUUUACCAGCAAGAAAGACCACCAUCCGAAAUUGGUUAUAUAAAUGCAGCCAGUGGAAAAAUAAAUGCUGAUAGUAAGAGAUGCUCAUCUGUCUUGCUUAAUAAAUAAACCCAGGAUAAAUAACCAAUGGAAUAAAAAUGGCAAUAAUUUACCCCUCUUAUCAGACGAAAAUGAGCAGUCGAAUACUCGUAGGUACUUCCAGAGCACUGGAAUAAUGAACAGAUCUAUGAAAAGUGAAUAUGCAUCUUCUUCAAUGCCUGGCUUUAGGACACCAUCCACAGUAGACUCAAGGAAGGUAUUUCACACAAAAAUACCCAUAAAUUAUGCUAAAAAUGUUGGCAAAGGGCUUGUAACAAAGCUCAAAUAAGGAAAUCAACCAACUCAUGCAAAAGAAAUACGAGUUAUUGAAUGAUAUCAAAGAUAUUGAAGGGGAAAAACCUCUUCGUAAAAACUUUAGGUCCGAACGCCCACUAGUAUCCAGUACCAAAUAGCCAGUUCGGAGCUGAAGGAGGAAUCCUUAAAUUCAAUAACAGGAUCAAGAUAAAUUACAGAGGAAGUGAUAGUAAUAUAUUCGUUACUCCUUCCCCAGUAGACCUUACUACCAAGGGAAGGCAUAAGAGAUCGGCAGACUCUGAAUCUCAAAAAGCGUCACUUUACAAGAUUUAUAAUGACAAACAAAAGGUGGACAUGAGUUAUUACUUCCAGCCCCAGUCUAAGAAUUCUUCAAGAAAGAAGAAAGGAGGCUACAGAAAUAAACUUAAAUUGAGCAGAAGAAAGAUUAAAGCAGCUCUGAGCGACAUGGCCAUUAACCCCAUGGAAGUAGAUGAAGAGCCAUCUCUCGAUGAAAUCACCAAGAUCAAUAUCCAAUCUGGUGAAGAUAUCCAAGAAAAUACCCAGAUCGAUGACCACAAUGAGGACUCUAAAGAAAGCCUCAAGGAGUCAAAAUUGAACAACACAACAGAAAAAGAGGACACCGAAAUUGAUAAAUCCGAAAAUCCAGAGGAAAUUCCGAUUCAGCCACCUUCAAAAUUCCAACAAGCUCAGGAAACAGAGCCAAGGGAAGAAACUAAGAAGACCCCAGAGAAAGCUCAAUCUAAUAACAAACCUCGCCAUUUCCCAGUCAGACAUACCUCCGCAAAUAAAAUUCUCACUGCUAAAAUAAAUUACUUCAAGAACGAUGACCUGAAAAUCUCCCUGCAAGGCUCAGAUCCUGUGCACCCUCAGGUUUUAUGUAAGAGUGAGUGGGAUAAGCAUGAGAUGGAUAAUGAGAAGGGUGUGGAGUAUUACAAGUCUAGGUACAAGUACCUUCUGAAGAAGAACAAAGAUCUCAGGAGGAAGAAUAAUGAAAUGAAGAAAAUUGUUAAAAUAAAAAAACAAGACAAUCCGGUUAUUAAGAUGCUGAAAGAGAAACUUGAGGUGAAAGAUGGGGUGAUAAGGAGACAGCAGGAAGAAAUUGAUUACCUGAAAGCGGAAAUGGUGAGGAAUAGUGACCAGAUGAAGUCAGAGUUGUUCAUAAGUCAGAGACGGGUUCAGAAUCUGGAGAAAAAGAUUAUCAAAGCACAGUCUAGAGUUAUAGGGAAUAAGAAGGGGAUUUUGAGUAAUUCAGAUGUUUCUAGUGAGUAUUUUAUGGAUCAAGAGAAUGUUUCGGAAAUUUCAUUAGUAGUUGGAAAAACUGAAGAGAAGAAAGAUAAAACACCUAAAACUGCUAAAAUUGAAGCUCAAACUCCACCAAUGAUCAAGAGGAAUAGCUCUUCAAAGAGAAAAACACCAAUUAAGAAGACAAAAAGGAAGUCUAAAUCUCGUCUUUUCAUAAGUAAGAGUAAAAAGGUUUAA